AUGGCUCUUCUACAGCUUGCAUCCCGACCAGGCGUUGGGAUCCUCUUGCUUUGCUUCGCAUUUUUCCAAGCAGCCCAAGGAAUUUCGCUGCAGGUGCAGUCAGAUGGGGGCAACGCGUCGAGCCCCAUCCUCUAUGGGUUUAUGUUCGAGGACAUCAACCACUCGGGCGACGGUGGGAUUUAUGGUCAAUUGCUUCAAAACAAUGGCUUGCAAGGAAAAAAUCCUGAUUUGACCUCAUGGGGCUCGAUUGGGGAUGCCACGAUUGCUGUCGACUCCAACAACCCUCUCACAUCAGCGAUUCCCCAUUCUCUGCGCCUUGAUGUCUCCGAAGGAGCGACUGGCACUGUGGGUGUGACCAAUAAUGGCCACUGGGGGAUUCCCGUGGAUGGCAGUAGCUUCCAAAUAUACUUCUGGAUUAAAGGAGAUUUGAACAGCAAUAUCACUGCGAGACUAGUGGGCAACGGCACCGGCACAGAGUAUGCGUCUACAUCAAUCCAGAUUUCCUCUAACAGCAACAACUUCACCUACAUCGAUGCCACUUUCCCCACCACCAUAGCUCCAGAUGGAAACGUUUACUUCGAGUUGGAUCUGGACGCAAGCGAAGUGGCUGGGUCGUCACUCUAUUUUAGUCUGGUUCAGCUGUUUCCCGAAACAUUCAAGAGUCGUCAAAAUGGCCUACAACCGAGACUGGCGAACGCACUUGAUGCCAUGAAUGGCUCUUUCCUGAGGUUUCCAGGUGGGAACAAUCUUGAGGGAGAGGAUGAGGGUUCUCGCUGGAAGUGGAAUGAAACGGUCGGACCGGUCGAAGACCGACCUGGGCGACAAGGAACCUGGGGUUACUAUAACACAGAUGGUCUUGGCCUCGCAGAGUAUUUCUAUUGGUGCGAGGACAUGGGUUUAGAUGCCGUUCUCGGUGUCUGGGACGGGUACGCAUUGGAGUCAGGCGGGAACACCCCGAUCACCGGGGAUGCUCUCUCCCCCUACAUCGAUGAAGUCUUGAAUGAGCUUGAGUACAUUCUCGGAGAUUCCAGCACCCAGUAUGGUGCAAUGCGGGUUGCUCAUGGUCAGAAGGAUCCUUGGCCGCUGAAAAUGGUGGAGAUUGGCAACGAAGACAAUCUCGGAGGAGGCUGCGAUACUUACGGGGAGCGAUUUACGGCAUUUUAUAAUGAAAUCCACAAGACUUACCCAGAUCUAACGAUCAUUGCCAGCACUGCCGAACCGUCCUGUCUUCCUCCGAACCUGCCGAAUGGCACUUGGAUGGACUGGCAUAACUACAACACCCCAGAUGGUCUCGUAGGGCAGUUCAAUAUGUUCGAUAAUAAAGAUCGAGAUGUUCCCUACUUUAUCGGCGAAUAUGCCCAAAAUGGCGUGGACUGGCCCGUCAUGAAGGGAUCCGUUGGAGAGGCCGUAUUCAUGAUUGGUCUCGAACGGAACAGUGAUGUUGUCAAGAUGGCAGCCUACGCUCCGCUGCUCCAGCUGACAAACUCGACACAAUGGAAGCCGAAUCUUAUUGCGUUUUCCCAGGCACCUAGCCAUGUUGUGAAAACGACAAGCUACUAUGUUCAACAGAUGUUCUCAGCUAACCGCGGUGCAACCAUCAAAGAAGUAAAGAGUGAUUCGCCAUUUGGACCUGUGUAUUGGGUCGCAUCUACCGGCAAUGAUGCCUACUAUGUCAAACUGGCGAAUUACGGAAGCACGGGCCAGGAAGUCAGCAUUUCGAUCCCGGAAAAAGGCAACGGGAAGCUCACGAUGAUUGCCAACGAUGACCCAAAUGCCGCGAACACUGAUUCCGAGAACCCUGUCUCGCCCGUGGAAUCAGACGUUACCGCCACCCAAGGGAACUUCACUAUCAAAUUGCCGGCAUGGUCAGUUGCUGUCUUGGUUGCGAAUUGA